AUGAACUCGGUACUUAAGGCUACCCGAAACCUUCCUAUUACAGCAUUGGUCAAGUCAACGUACUAUCGUCUAGGAUCGCUGUUUGGAAAACGAGGACACGAUUGGACAAAACUGUUGGCAUCCGGUCAAACUUUCACGAAAAACUGUAUCAAGGGAAUGGCCGACGAGGCUAUUAAAUCUAGCAGUCAUAACGUCAUUCAAUUUGAUCGCGAGAGAUUUUGUUUUAUGGUUGCCGAAUGCAUUAACCAACGCGAUGGCCGACCAUUAGGUACUUUUAGCGUUGAUCUCAGGAGAGGGUGGUGCGAUUGUGGGAGGUUUCAGGCAUUUCAUUUACCUUGCUCUCAUGUAAUCGCAGCAUGUGCCAGUAUACGACAGGACCAUAACAUGCACAUACCAGAUGUUUUCAAAGUUCUAAGUGUAUUCAAAGUAUACAGCCAAAGCUUCCUUGGACUACCACACCAGCAAAAUUGGCCAACAUAUGAAGGAUUCACUCUUUGCCAUGACGAGACAAUGCGACGAAAUAAGAAAGGGCGUCCAAAUAGUACAAGAAUUACAACUGAAAUGGACGAUUUUGAGAAAGAAAAGAGAAGAUGUGGGAUUUGUCGAGAAAUCGGUCAUAUGCGGAGAAAAUGUCCAAACGUGGCAGGCCCAUCAAAUCGGCCCGUCUAA